GGAGGAGAGCUUGCUGGACUUGGUGGGCUUCCCUCAGUCCCAGGCUGGGAAGGAAGAGGCAAGGAAGGAAGGACCCUCCUCCUGGAGCUUCUCCCUGGGCAGCCUCUGAGAAGGACACUCCAAGAAGCCCCUCCUGCUUGGCUCCAAGACCCCCAAGGCAGCCUCCAACUCACUCCCAGAACUGCAGACUGCUUCUCCUGUUUCCCUCUCCCUUCUUCUCGGGGACCAUGGAAGGGUUGGCUCUCGCAUGGACUUAGCCCAAGAGGAGGAGGAGGAGGAGGAGGAGGGCAGUUCCCCUUCUUGGGCUGCCCAGCAUUACCCCCCACCAGCAGCAGCAGCACCGAGGACACAGGAAAGAGACCGACUUCGCUGCUGCCCCAGCUGCGCCCGGAGAUGGUGCCGGCGCCAGGAUUAUUAGGCUGAACUCUCUGGGUUUCUUCUUCUUCUCCUCCUCCUCCCUUUUGGCUUUGGGCGCUUUGGCACAACCAGGAGACCCCGCCGCCUCCCGCUGGCCUCCCCUCCUCCCUGGCUGCUUCUUUAAGCCUCCCUCUUCGCUCCAGAAAGAGAGGGAUCCCCGGGCCCUUUCCCCUCCUCCCUCCCUCCCUCUCUCUCUCUCUCUUCCAAGAACCGCCCGCUGGAUAAUGUCCACCCCAAGCAGAGGCAAGAAGGACAAAGAGAUCGUCGCCGAGUAUGAAAGCCAAGUGAAAGAGAUUCGAGCUCAGUUAAUAGAUCAACAAAAAUGUCUAGAGCAGCAGACUGAAAUGAGGGUACAACUUCUUCAAGAUCUGCAGGAUUUCUUCCGUAAAAAGGCAGAAAUAGAGACUGAAUACUCUCGCAAUUUAGAAAAAUUAGCAGAAAGAUUCAUGGCAAAAACAAGAAGUACUAAGGACCACCAGCAAUACAAGAAAGAUCAAAAUCUGCUAUCUCCAGUAAAUUGCUGGUAUUUACUACUCAACCAAGUGAGACGUGAAAGCAAAGAUCAUGCAACUUUGAGUGAUAUUUACCUGAACAAUGUCAUCAUGCGCUUUAUGCAGAUAAGUGAGGAUUCCACCAGGAUGUUCAAAAAGAGCAAAGAGAUUGCAUUCCAGCUUCAUGAGGAUUUAAUGAGGGUUCUUAAUGAGCUUUAUACGGUCAUGAAAACAUACCAUAUGUAUCACACAGAGAGCAUCAGUGCAGAAAGUAAACUGAAGGAGGCUGAAAAACAAGAAGAAAAACAAAUUGGCAGGUCAGGAGAACCUGUUUUUCAUAUUCGGUUGGAGGAAAGACACCCAAGACGGAGUUCUGUGAAAAAAAUUGAAAAAAUGAAGGAAAAACGUCAAGCGAAAUAUUCUGAAAACAAGCUGAAAUCCAUUAAGGCCAGAAAUGAAUAUCUACUGACGCUUGAAGCUACAAAUGCUUCUGUUUUCAAGUAUUACAUUCAUGACCUUUCAGAUCUGAUUGAUUGUUGCGAUCUUGGAUAUCAUGCCAGCUUGAAUAGAGCCUUAAGAACAUAUCUUUCUGCAGAGUACAACCUUGAAACGUCUCGACACGAGGGUCUGGACAUCAUUGAGAAUGCUGUUGACAAUUUGGAGCCACGAAGUGACAAACAGAGAUUCAUGGAGAUGUAUCCUACAGCCUUUUGUCCUCCAAUGAGAUUUGAGUUCCAGCCCCAUAUGGGUGAUGAGGUUUCUCAGGUCAGUGCCCAGCAGCCAGUCCAAGGGGAACUUAUGCUUCGCUAUCAGCAGCUUCAGUCACGACUGACCACAUUGAAAAUUGAAAACGAGGAGGUUAAGAAGACAACUGAAGCAACUUUACAAACAAUUCAGGACAUGGUUACCAUUGAAGACUAUGAUGUUUCUGAAUGUUUUCAGCAUAGUCGCUCAACUGAAUCUGUGAAGUCAACUGUUUCUGAGACCUACUUGAGCAAACCUAGCAUUGCUAAGAGAAGAGCUAACCAGCAGGAGACUGAACAGUUCUAUUUCAUGAAAUUCAGAGAGUUCUUGGAGGGGAGCAACCUCAUCACAAAGCUUCAGGCAAAACAUGAUUUAUUACAACAAACGCUUGCAGAAGGUCAUAGAGCAGAAUAUAUGACCACAAGUCGAGGACGAAGGAACUCACACACCAGGCAUCAGGACUCAGGGCAAGUAAUCCCACUCAUAGUAGAAAGCUGCAUCCGGUUUAUCAACUUGUAUGGUCUUCAGCAUCAAGGCAUUUUCAGAGUCUCUGGCUCCCAGGUGGAAGUCAAUGAUAUUAAAAAUUCAUUUGAGCGAGGUGAAAAUCCUUUGGCAGAAGACCAAAGUAACCAUGACAUUAACUCAGUCGCUGGAGUACUGAAGCUUUAUUUCCGAGGGCUAGAGAACCCUGUCUUUCCUAAGGAAAGAUUUAAUGAUCUUAUUUCUUGUAUCAGAAUAGAAAAUCUCUAUGAGAGAGCUCUUCACAUACGUAAACUCCUCCUGACUUUGCCAAGAUCAGUCCUUAUAGUGCUGAGAUACCUCUUUGCCUUCCUCAAUCACCUUUCACAGUACAGUGAUGAAAAUAUGAUGGAUCCUUAUAACCUGGCCAUUUGUUUUGGCCCAACAUUGAUGCCUGUUCCAGAUAUACAAGACCAAGUGUCAUGCCAGGCUCAUGUGAAUGAAAUAAUCAAAACUAUCAUUAUUCACCAUGAGACCAUUUUCCCUGACAACAAGGAGCUUGAUGGCCCAGUUUAUGAAAAAUGUAUGGCUGGUGAUGAAUAUUGUGACAGCCCUUAUAGUGAACAUGGUACCUUAGAAGAAGUGGAUUUGGAUGCAGGUACAGAGCCACACACCAGUGAAGAUGAAUGUGAACCCAUAGAAGCAAUUGCCAAGUUCGACUAUGUUGGAAGAUCAGCGCGAGAACUCUCGUUUAAAAAAGGAGCCUCCUUGCUUUUAUAUCAUCGAGCUUCUGAUGACUGGUGGGAAGGAAGACAUAAUGGGAUUGAUGGCCUUGUACCUCACCAGUAUAUAGUGGUUCAAGAUAUGGAUGAUACAUUCUCUGAUACACUGAGCCAAAAAGCAGAUAGUGAAGCCAGCAGUGGUCCAAUAACAGAAGAUAAAUCUUCAUCUAAGGAUAUGAAUUCACCAACAGAUCGCCAUUCUGAUAUACAUUUAGGAAGGCAACGUAAGAGAUCUGAACUCCCCUUUUCUGGCAGACGUCCUGGCAGGACCAGUGAUGGACACUGUCCAGUUCAUCCCCCACACAGCCUGGCUAAUUCAUCUCUGGAGUUAGGUUCCCCCAGUUUGGCGAGCCACAAUCCUUCUCGAGCUGUACUGCAAAACCGCAGCCUCAAUACAGACAGCCCGGAAAGGAGACGUAGGCCUGGCCAUGGCAGCCUUACCAAUAUUAGUAGACAUGAGUCACUAAAGAAAACAGAUAGUCCUCCAAUCAGAAGGUCAACAUCAUCUGGCCAGUAUCCAGUUUUCAAUGACCACAAACCACUUGAUCCAGAGUCAAUUGCUCAGGACAUUGAAGAAACAAUGACCACAGCUCUGAAUGAACUUCGGGAACUAGAACGUCAGAGUUCUGCAAAACAUGCUCCUGAUGUAGUGCUGGAUACUUUGGAACAAAUGAAAAAUUCUCCCUCCAGCACCACCUCAACAGAAUCAUUGAGUCCUCAUCACAGUGUCAUCUUAAGAAGCACUGAGCCUCAAAUUCGGCGUAGCACUAGUUCUUCCAGUGAUAACAUGAGUACCUUCAAGCCCAUGGUGGCACCCAGAAUGGGAGUGCAGUUGAAGCCACCUGCACUUAGGCCAAAGCCCAUUGUUCUUCCAAAAACAAAUCCAAGCAUAGGCCCUUGCUCUCCUUCCCAAGGUUCAACAGACAAGUCUUGUACCAUGUAAAGACCAGGCAACUCGUGUGACAAGCAUGGAAUGAACUACCAGAAGAAUGGAACACUAAUAGCUGUCUGGUUUCCAUCACACCUUUAGUUUGUGUUUAUAACUAGAGAAGUUUUGUUUUUAAAAAGUUUUUAAUUUUAAUGUCUCAAGCUACCUACAUUAAAUGUGGGCAUUUAAUAUGGGUUCAAUUUUUAAACUGGACAACUCAGUGUGAUAUUUUAGAACAGGAACACACACAGUUACUUGAAACUUCCACACAGCACCUUUUCUAAUAAAAGCACUACAGGUCACUGCCAGGCUCUCAUGUAAUUCAAUAAUUCACACUGACUGUGCUUUUUAGUAGAUCUCAUACGGAGCUAUUACGAAUGGUCAUUUGAAAUGAAUUUUAAUACAUUUUUUUUAUUUCUAAUAUGAAUCUGACUUUUAUAAGGGCUGAGAGUUUGCAACUUGAGAAUUAUUAAGCAGUGUAUACCAAGUGAACAAAGAAAGCAGGGUAGGAUCACACUGACAACUCCUUCAAAACACUUGGUAUAUGCAUUGGCAUUCCUAGUACACCCAAUUGGCAGAAAAUGGGGAAUGGGUUUUAUUUCUCACUCUGAUGUAGAUGUUGGCUAUCAAAUUAAAGUGAAACCUUGUCAGAACUACUGUAAAAUAGUUUGUAAUGGCUGCACUCAGGCUUUCUGCAUUGCAAUAAAGCUAGAUUUUUAGCCACUGAUUCCUUCAGAUAACUAUUUGCAAACAAUUCACUAUGAAAAAUGUUUACAUUCCUAUGAGCCAAUAGUUUGGGUGUCUCUGCAAAUAGAAAGUCUUAGUUAGCUAAUGAUUUUUACUAAGCAUUCCUGAAAGUUUGAAAGAAAAUUGGUUAAGUUAUAGAACUUAAGAAUUUGAAGCUGCUAUAUCCUUAUGGUUAUGAAACACAAUGUGCAGAUGAAAUGUGUGCUGUUUUUCAUUUAUUAAAAUAUAUUAUCUAUUUUAAACUGGAAUAGCGCCUUCUAUUGUGGCAACAGGUUGUUCAUAGGAUAAAGAUAUCAAUUUCUAUUCUAAAAUAGAAUAGAAAUAAAACAUGUCAGGAUCAUAUAUUUUUUUUCAAAUUAUGUUAGUACUCCCCCCCAUGUGUGUAUAUGUGUCUGUGAAAGCUAUGAAUAUGCAUACUGUUGCAUCGUUAGGAAUUUAUUAUUAUUAUUAUUAUUAAUUUUGUUCUUGUUACAAGCGAACUAAUUAUACAAGUGUCCUGCACACACACUAAGCCAUAUCACUUCUGUGAAUGUUUUUGGCAAGGUCACCUCUCAACUCUCCACGGGAGAUUUCCUUACAUUUUAUUAAUCAAGCAGCCACUUAAGUACAAUCAUAACUUUUAUCUUUGGAGUACAACACUUUGAAAGGAAACUUUGGGUGGGGAGAGGAGGGAUUUCACUACUAUCCCAUCAGUACAGUACAAAUUGGGUGGGGAGUUAAUUCUCACAGCACUUGUCACAUUUGGAGCUUGCCAUUCUUCCAUCUAAGUGCUUUUGUUUGGCUUUUUCACACUAUCUAGAAUCAAAUGAGGGAAGACUAACAAUUUUGUGAUGAGAAUUGUUAGCAUAUGACAGUUUAAGGGCAUUGUAGCCUAUUAUAAUUUCUUGACUUAUUCCCACUGAAGCUUACUGGUAAUAUUUAGGUGAAUGGAGAUGAAACACAGGCAUGAAAAGAACAUUUUUAGUUGUCUUCACUAACAAACCUGUACACAUAUAUCUGUUAUUUGUGACCUAAAAGGAAGGGAAAUGUGGUAGGGGGACUUUAUAAAAGCUUCCAGUCCUAACCUUGAAGCAGUUUUCCCCCCUUAGAUAAUCAACUUAGUGGCUGUAUACAAGCCUGAAAGAUAAAUUAGAUUUGCUAGGUGGUUUUCAUUAAUUUGGCAGCCCACUGAGAUAACAGUCCACUUAAGAACUUCCAAAUAUAAUAUACAGAAUUAUUUUAUUUGCAACAGGAGACUGGUACAGGAAGAAACGUUGCAAUCACCAGAAGGUGCCACUAUGUAGAGAGGAACUCUUUCCUAUGUCCCUUGAAUGCACCUUGGAAGCUUAACUAAGGCCUUAUAUUCUGUAAUGGGCUUUUAGCUAAUACUGUUGAUGGUGAAGGAUUGCGGUGACAUGAGCAAGGCUAGGAAUUAUUUUCUUAAACUAGCCUGCAUUGGGAACCCAUGGGACAAACUGGUAUGCCAUCUUUCUUUUAAGUGCUUUCUAGCCUAGUGAUUUUUUAAAAAAUUAAUACAUUAUGUGGCAUAACUCAAGUGGGUUCCUGUAUCUUGAAAAUUACAUAGGGAAAUUCUGUGUCCAAAUAAUUGUACUGCCCUCCAUACUGCUUAUAUUAGAAAUUGUUUAGUGAAAAAAAAAUAGUAGAAACAGUACAUUUCGUGAAUGCUUCCAGUUAAGAGCAUUCACAUGUGACAAGAGUUAAAUGUGUGUAGUUUGAUGGUUUAUUAUAGCUACUUCAAGUAUAGUGAAUGGAUAGACUGAUAAAAUAACAGGCUUAGUGAAGGGCAAAUGCCUGUAUACCUAAUGAAAUCAGUAUUGUCCUUGACUGUCAGUUUGAUAGAUUGCAGUGCUGGUAGCUUCCUGCUUGUUGACUGUUACCUAAUUGUGUCAAUGUACAUCUGUAAGUAUGUACAUGUGAAAGUGCCUUUACAUUUUUAGAGAAGCUUUAGCCUUGCUCUUGUACUGUUGCAUUUCCAUGUCAUUCUCUGCUGCUCUUGUACUGCUGCAUUCUCACUGCAUUCCUUCCGUUCUCAAAUAACAGAAGAGUUACAGUUGCACAGUCCUCAAAGAUGACAAAAGAAGUACUGUUAAGCUGUUGUGACAAUGCACUUUUAUGUAUAGUACUGUACAUUUGAGCAUGUACCAUUACAGGUUUCAAUAUACAUUCAAAUUUGUUUCUCAUAGUGAAACUUUAUAAUAAAUAAGAAUAGUUCUC